AUGGAGCGGGUCACGGAUCAUCUGGAGAGGUAUAAAGAUUCUGUCUUUCCUGCCGGUUAUGCCACACCGGAAUACAUCGAGUCUUUGCAGAAUUUUGAAAUCAGAGAUGAUGACAUCUUCGUGGUCACGUUUCCGAAGUCAGGAACCAUCUGGGCUCAGCAGGUCAUCAUCUCCAUCUGCGAGCUGGCCGGAGGACUCAACCAGUUCCCAAAUAACUUCUUCCAGAUGCCGUGGCUGGAAUACGAUAACGGCCUGGCGUACGCCCAGCGACCUUCUCCACGACUCUUCUCCACCCACCUCCUCCCAGCACUCAUGCCUCCAGGACUGAAGGACAAGAAGGCCAAAAUCAUCUAUGUGAUGAGAAACCCCAAGGACAACAUCACCUCCUUCUACCACUUCAGCAGUGAGUUCACUGACUUGGACACUCCCGACAACUUCGAGGGAUAUCUUGAGCAAUACCUCAAAGGGAAUGUUAUGGGAGGAUCCUGGUUCAAGCACAUCAGGGAGUGGCACUUGAACAGAGAUCAGUACAGCAUGCUCAUCCUGACCUAUGAGGACAUGAUUAUGGACCUGAAAGGAGCAGUGAAACAAAUCUGCAGCUUCUUGGGGAAAAAACUGAGUGAAGUUGAUAUAGAAAAGGUCGUAGAAAAGUCAACGUUCAAGAACAUGAAGCAAGACGUGAAGGCAAACUAUGAGUUUUUGCCAAAAGAUAAGAUUCGAGGGAACUUCAUGCGCAAAGGUCAGGUUGGAGACUGGAAGAACCUUUUCACCACUGAGCAAAGUGAGCGAGUGGACCAGCUGGUCCAGGAGAAACUGGGAGAUCUUUCUCUGAAGUUCGUCUGGGAAUAA